AUGAGUCUGACGCUGCUGGAUUUGAAACGCGCCACGUCCAACACGGUCGUUCAGCUGAAUCUGUGCUGCGAAGCGGCCGCCCGCACGGAAAUCGAGCUUCGGAGCUUCGGCGGCCAAACGAACCCGAGAGCGGAAAAAACGAAGAAGGGGAGCUGGACGGCUGCGGCGCGGAUGAAGUGGAUUUUCGCCGCGGUUCUUCCAAGCCCGUCAGAAACGGGCGCUCGUCGAGGAUUAUUUGCGGGCCUCUCGGAUAAGUCGAAAGCAAAACAAACCGCUGGAGACCCUCCGACGAGUAUCCGACGGCGUGAUCGAGAAACAUCGCUGCGCCUUCAACGGCUCAACGUGGGUCAGGAAAUGGAGGUGGGUUUCGUGACGGACGUGGCUGAGAGCCUGUUCAGCGACGGGACCACGAACUGGGGCCGCGUGGUCAGCUUGGUGGCGUUCGGGGCCGUGGUGGCCAGGCACCUGAAACAGAGCGGCCUGGAGCACUGCAUCGAGCCGCUGGGGGAGCGAAUCAGCAGCUUCCUCCUCCGGGACAAGAGAGCCUGGAUGAGAACGGAGCGUGGGAAGGCUUCGUGGAUUUCUUCCACACGGAGGACCCCGAGUCCAGCAUGAGGAACGCUUUGAUGACCUUCGCUGGCCUUGCAGGUAUCGGCGCUGGCAUCGUGCUGCUCAUGAGAUGAGGGGAGGGGGACUCCCUAAAGAUACUGGACUAUCGCUACCUGAAUGUCUGUCCAUUCAAAAACACUUUGCUUCCAAGCCCCCUGUCAAAAAGUUAAACGUGGCUGACGGGGGUGCGGUUUUGAAGAACGCAGACUCUGCCCCGGUGAAAGGGAGGAGGAGGGGCACAGACCAGGGGGUCCAGAGAGAGGGGUUCUCCAGGCACACCAUUUUUAAAACACACUACAGUUUGGAGAUCGCAGGAAGGAGUGGAUUCCCAGAUGCGUGUGUUUUUUUGUUUGUAAUUUUGUGCUUUUGAAAUGUUGCUGCUAAAUUUGAGAGUGAAUGUAACACCAGAUUUGAGUGUUUCUAUAGCUGCUCAGUGACAUCACUGGUCUGGUUUCCCUGGUUUAAGGGGAGUGUUUUACGUUUUGGUUGGGGUGUUCUGUUUUUUU